UUUUCGCAGAACACCAGAAGUCUCAGAUUGUAUUGCACACACCGAGGCUGUGAAAGAUGAUUUAAAUCAUAUAUCGAGUUUAAAGUAAUUUGUCGAGUAAAUUGAGGACUUUAAAUGACGGAUAAAAGACAGCGCUUGAGGGUCCAGGGCUCGUGGGCUAAACCUCCGAUCAGACCACAACAACCUACUGAUGUCCAGUCGACAAAAGGGUCAUGGAAGUCUGGACCCCAAUCAUUUGUCUUCCAUCAGCCCGCCAACAAUAUCAGAGAGAUACCUGCAGAGAAAGUGAUCGAAGAGGCUGGUGACUAUGAGAUUAGUCAAGGUCAUACGGGAGUGUCACGAUUGAGAUUAAUCCCUGGGUUCCUACCGCAAGAGGAGGCAGACUGGAUGUUUAGCAAAUUGCUCGCUGAACUGCCCUGGUCUCAGAAGACCAAUUAUAGGAUGAUGGGCAGUGCAUAUGAGGAACCAAGACUCACUUGCUGGUAUGGGGAGUUGCCAUAUACGUAUUCACACUCCACUAUGAAAGUUAACUCUCAGUGGCAUCCGGUUCUUACUACACUACGUCUGGCCAUCGAGAAGAAGAGUGGCCACACCUUUAACUCAUUGCUGUGUAACCUGUACCGGGAUGGUAAAGACAGUAUUGGCUGGCACAGUGACGAUGAGACUUCGCUGGGACCCCAGCCUACUAUCGCCUCUCUGAGUCUGGGAGACACAAGAGUGUUCAGUCUGCGUAAACAGCCGCUUCCUGAGGAUAAAGGCGACUACACCUAUGCAGAGCACCUGCGGAUCCCACUGACUCAUGGGACACUGCUGCUCAUGGAAGGCUGUACGCAGACAGACUGGCAGCAUCAGGUGGCAAAGGAAUAUCACGACCGAGGACCGAGGAUAAACCUCACCUUCCGCACCAUAUUCCCAGAGAUUGAACAUGCCGGUAGGAGUUCCUCGAGAUGAGAAACACAACAGCACUGUAGAGAUGAACCCGGCUAGACAACAGGUUUGAAGAUGGACAGUCGCAGUCCAUACUGUUAAAUGCAUCUGUUCUGUUAUACUUUAUUUAUUCAAAUAAUUGCAACACGCAAAGGUUUAUUUUCAUAAAUGACCUGUGUUUUUGUUUACAAAAAUGUCAAUUUUUGCACAAGGCAGUUGUUCACGAUAUUGUUUGUGUUCUAAUAAAAAAUGUAUGGGUUA